CCGAAAAACCACCAAGAAGAGGAAGAAGAAGAAGAAGCUCGACCUGUUGGGGGCGGAUUUUUUACAGCCAAAAAGCCAAUAAAAGGCUUUCGGCGUUUUUUUGCAUUUGGAAUCCAGGGAAUCAUCAUUUCUGUGCGAAAAGGAAAGACAAAGUAACAUAUUCACCAAGACAAGUUGUCAUGGAUGCAAAGGAGGAGCAAAACGCAGGUGCCACCGCAAACGCGAACAACAAUGGAAAUCCUCCACCAAGCAGAAACUCCCGAGCACCUCAGAUAGCCCACAUGUCUUUGUAUGAGCGGCAAGCUGUGCAGGCUCUUCAAGCCCUGCAGAGACAGCCAAAUGCAGCUCAGUACUUCCAGCAACUCAUGCUGCAGCAGCAGAUCAACAGUGCUCAGCUCCAUAACCUGGCUGCCGUGCAACAAGCUACACUUGCAGCUAGUCGCCAGUCUAACACUCCGAGUAGCAGCAUUGCACAGGCGUCCACCACUGUCAAUCUCAGCACAACGUCGGCAGGGGGAACAGCAGCAACCCCUCGUCCUCAUGGGCCGGCCACUUCCGCCACGACCACGGCUUUAAACCAGUCAGUGUUGUUGGGAGGGAACUCGACAGGACAAGGACAGAUGUAUCUUAGGGUCAAUCGUUCUCUCAGAGCUCCGCUGGCCUCUCAGCUCAUCUUCAUGCCGGGCGGUACGGCAACAGCUACCGUGGCAACCGUGGCCCAGCAGCAGCAGGCUGAAGCCGCUCCUACCUCAACCGGUGCUCAGUCAGACAGUGAUCAGGUGCAGAAUCUGGCCUUACACUGUGUGUCCACUCCCAGAGCGGUCGCCAUCAAGUCAGAGCUCCCUGAAAGAAAAGAGGCCGGCAGCUUCCCACUACAGCAGCAGACGGCCAAAACAUCUGUGAACACCAUGGCUGUAAAAGCCACCAACCAGGCCGCCAUGACUGUUGCUUCUACGGCUGUCACUAUGGCCUCCUCCGUCUCCUCCUCCACGGCGCUCCCACUCUCCCAGCUCCUCCUGUCACCUUCCGCAGCCCCCGUCAUCCUGGUGCCCACCUCCAACGUGCCUACCUCCACUCAGGGCUACUCCAUCGGCUCCAUCAGCACAAAAGCCAACAUCAACACGCAGACUCUUGUUGUGCAGCCCUUGCAGCAGGCCAGCGCCGCGGCCGACAAGGGGCCCGUGCCCAUCCAGCCCAAGACUGCUCACGGACACCGCUUACCCGUGCAGGUGUGCCCUCGACAGCCGCUGCCUAUUCUGCCGGCGCCGCCCAGUAACAGCCACAUGGCCCACCAGCCCCCUCAUAUUCCUGUGCAGCUGGUGGGGGCCAGGCAGUGCAUAGCGGGUAACGUGCAGGCUGUGGCUUUGGCGCAGACCCGGAAUGUGGCAUCCCAUGAGGGCAACGUUAAUGUCCCCUCACACAACAGUGCUGCAACCGUGACAAAGUCUGCCAUUGGCUCCCUGAAGAGGAAGUCAGACUGCGAUGCAGCCAAUGAGGUGGCCACAGAUUCCACCGACUCUGCUCCAGUUAAAGAUUCAGCUCCUCCUCUUUCUCCUGCGCCAACAAAAAACUCAGCCUCCAUCUCAUCGCCCCCCACCCUGUCCUUACCUCCACCCCUGUCGAGGGUCGGUCAUGGCGAUAAAGAGCGAGCGCCGCUUCCUCAGGCAGUGGUUAAACCUCAGGUCCUCACCCACCUCAUUGAGGGCUUCGUCAUCCAGGAGGGAGCCGAACCUUUCCCGGUCGCCGGGCUCCUCAAAGACCGUGAUUUUGCCCUGGGUGCUCGCGCAGAAAACGGACCUCCCUUAAUGAAAUGUGAGUACUGUUCCAGCCUGGCUCCAGCCAGCCAGUUCAAAGGCACAAAGAGGUUCUGCUCCAAUACUUGUGCUAAAAGGUACAACGUGAGCUGCAGCCAACACUACAAGUCCAGCAGAGUGAGAAACGGCGGCGUGGCGCCCUUGCCGCCUCCGGCCGAGACCGUUGCCAGGCGCCGCGGACCCCCCCGCCGGAGCAGCGCCGAUAACAAUAAGUUGUCUGGUCAGCGACGACCUGUCAAGUGCCACUCCGACUCCAGCCGCUCAGAGGACGCAAGCAGCGAGGGCGAGGAGGAAGAAGAUUCCCCCUCCCUGUCGCCAAGCUCCUCCCGCUCCUGCUCCAGAGCCGAGCACAACGCUCCCCAGUCGGAAGCCUCGGCCCCCGGGGGUCUCCCCAUGGAGACUGGCAGCUUCCUGUCAGCCACACCCGCCCAGUGGAGCGUGGAGGAAGUGUGCAGGUUCAUCUCCUCACUUCAAGGUUGCGAAGAGCUGGCGGCCCACUUCCUGUCGCAGGAAAUAGACGGGCAGGCUCUGAUGCUCCUGCGUGAGGACCAUCUCAUCUCCACCAUGAACAUCAAACUGGGUCCCGCGCUCAAGAUCUGUGCCUCCAUCAACAGCCUGCGCGAGUGACGCUGGUUGACGCCUUUUUCUCAACGGUAUGUUUGACACUACACAAUAAUGUACCGCCGUUUACAUGCUGGACCUUGAAUGUGCUAAAGCAACCUUUUUUAUGGCUGCAUGAGCAAUGACUGUUGGGGAGAAAGACUAUGUACAAUGCAGCUAACUGUUGCUAGCUCACAUUUCAGCAAACAUUCAUGUUCUCAAGAGACAUAUCUUAAGAGUAGUCAGUGUACAGCCCUGUACUAUCGACUGAAAAUGAGUCAAGCAGGUGUUGUUGUGCAACACAAGUAUGGAUUUUCUUUCAUUGUUCCGUUAAAUGAUAUACGUGCAAAUAUUUACUUGUUUUCAGUGGAUAGUUCAUACUGCUUUACACGGACUACUCUAAAGUACAUCAAGUUGGAGAAGUUAAAUGUUUGCAGAAAUGUGCUUUAUGGAUGGUACUGUACAUGAAAAUACAUAUUGCCUUGGUGCUGUAUUUAAAAAUGGUGCUUUGAUUUGUAUUUGUUUGUACUCCAGUAUAUACUUUAACACAGUAGGAGCUCUAACCAACAUAGCUACCUGAAUGUCUCCAUGGAGAAAAGUCUUGUUUUGGUUUUUUUCCUCCACCAGCUGUUAGACUGUGAUUUAUUCACAUUUUGUUUCCUUCAACAUUGAAAUACAUAAUCUGCUACCUGGCAGGUAAACCAUCAUUCCACAGCAUCUACUAACAGCUCCUUCAUGUUUACAUCUCUACUAAACAUGUUCUUUUUCAUAGAGAAACAACUUAAUAAAAGUCUUCUUGACUA